AUGAGCACCCACUCAACAAGUAGUGUCGCAAACACCCGGACCGCGCGUCCACCCACAAAUUAUGGCAUAGUCGUCACCGACGUCUUUGGACCCCCAGUGGAUAACCUUGAAAUCGCAUCAGAAACAUAUUCGAAUUUAUGGGAGAUCUACAUGCAAAAUUUCGACCCACUGGUCAAGAUCUUGCACAUACCCACGAUCCAGCCAGUCCUAGCAAAGGCCUCUACCAACAUUGAUAAAGCAGACGACACGACAAUGGCGUUACUUUGUGCUGUUUGUUUUGCAGCAGUCUCCACUAUCACAAAGGCCCAAGUAGUGCAACGAUUUAUCCAUGGGAAGUCAAUUAUCCUCCGUCAUUUCAUGCAAGAGAUGGACAGCAGGUUCAUGAAAGCACAAUUGAUACUACGUCCCAACACCCUAACUCUUACGGCUCUUGUCAUCUAUCUGACGGCGUUGAAGACACAUGAUGCUACCCGAACGGUUUGGAUUCUCACGGGCCUCGCCAAACGCAUCGCUGAAUCGCUUGGCAUCCAUGAAGAUGGUGCUCGUCUUCAGUUAAGUCCAUUUGAUACUGAGAUGAGGCGACGCCUUUGGUGGCAUUUGACUGCGCUUGAGGCUUCUGCUCCAGAGAACCAUGGUUUCAACGCAACAUUUACACCACAUAACCACGAAUUUCCAUUGCCAAACAACAUAAAUGACGAGGAAAUCAGCCCCCAAAUGGUGGAGCAUGCGACAAAGAAUGAAGGGUGGACUGAAACAUACUUUUCUAUUUUGAAUCUGGACCUAUCUCGGCGGUUGAGAUCUGCGGUGGCGACCAACAGUACCAGUGACUUUAGUGUGCGAGUGAGCCUGAUUGAAGAAACUGAACACAUAAUGAGUCAGCAAUUAUCACGAUUCGCGGAUAUGAACCGGCCAAUAUGUCGUGCUGCCGAUGCCUUGCUUCGCAUAUCAGUUCUGAAGGCACAGUUUAUCUCUACACUACAAAAAUGGCUUUCAGAGGGCGUCGUGGGUGGCUGUCAAUACAGUCUACUCCCGCAGUCAAUUUUUGCAACCGCUAUCAAAUUGCUCGAGGAUGGAUACCUCCUCCAAUCCGGCAAUCUCUUCCCAAAUUUCGCAUGGUUUUUUCAACAACACCCUCAAUUAUACGCAUUAUUUCUUGUUCUGCGCACACUACACGUCUCUCCUGGAAGAGCAGAAGCGGAUAAGGCCUGGUUUGCGGUGGAAAAUUAUUUCACUUGCCUUGCCGAUUUUGAAGAGGCUGCCGAGAUGAAGGGUAGGACGAGCUGUGUUUGGACAGCCUUGAAUCUUUUGCGAGACAAGGCCAGAGAGUCCCGUACCAAAAUCGGUUAUUCGGAGCAGGUUCUGUUUCCAGCCGCAUCCUCUUCCUCAGGUACUGACAUUGAAUCCGCGAAGUCAGUAUCGAAAAAUCCCGAUCUUGCCCCUUCUUUCUCAACAUUCGAGUCCAGCAUGCAUUUACCGUUCGCUCGAGUAAGCCAGCCUGGUCUGGAUCAUUUGGCUUUCGACGAUGGUCUUGCAUGGCAGGACUUUACUGAUUGGUUCAAUAUGGAUGUUAGUAAUUUCUGA